CUCUGAGUUCUUUGAUGGUAGUGGGUCGUGACAUACGAUCAUCUGCACAUCAAGGGCAACGGGCCCUCCCUCUUUCCUGUCCUGAUUAUCUUGCGGGGUAAUUGUGGGGAGCCCAAAUACCAAGUUUCUUUUCUUGAUCGGGAAGGAGGACAUCUGGGAGAGACAGAGAGGGAAACGGGUAGUAUUCCUACUUACCUGCCAUUUUUACCGGAACUCUGUGCAUGAUUCUUGUUCUCUUUUGGUUCCUUGAAUGGGGCGGGGUGUGUCAUGUGUGGUCGAAAUUGGGCUUGUGGUGGGUUCGUUCCCUUUUUGGAGACUUUGCCCUGGAAACGGAGAUAUGGGAAAUGGAGCGGCAAAGUUGAUCAUCCGUUCAAGUAAUAGCUUCACUCUCCCUGUUUCUAAGGAAUCCAAAGUUGUCUGCUCUGCUCUCUUGCUCUUCCGCCCCUCUGCUUUGAUUUCCCCACACCCAUACUUCGUCGUCCAGACUUCACUUUCUCCUCAUCCUGCUUGUUACGUUCUUCCUGCCUCGGUCAUCACGAUCGACCUAACUGUUGCCAUCAUGCCACCUCGUCAAUCGUUCCCAGGCCUUAUCUUCUUCCGAUUCUCAUCAUCGUGCGAAUUCUUCGCUCCAAACACACUCUUCUGCAACUUUGAAGGUCCGAUAUCGCCUCAAGCUCAACAUAAAGUACUACCACUGUGUACACGCUCGUACUAUAUUUUCGACUCCGACGCGGCGGUCAAAUGUUCAUGCCGCCCGAAUUUGCCCGCAUCACAUCACACUAAUGAUGGUGGGUUUUGGCUGAGCUUGAUUGGUUACAUUUGGUUCCUGUCUUCGCCUCCGCUUCCCCGCCACCAUUGUCGUGGAUUCGACAGUGUACCUGGACCUAUUGUAUACCGGCUGCCCUCAACGCACCAGGCGAUUGAUUUUCUUUUUCUUUCUCCUUCGGACGUACCGCCUUCACGUGUUACACGUUUCUCGAAUUUCCCCUCCAUUGUUUCCUGAUGUAUGGUUCUUGUAAAAGCAUGUCCUUUCGACAUGCAUGUAUGUUUUGCAUGUAUAGUAUGGAAUUGUCUCCCAGUGGCAUUGGACUUAUCACUAGUAGGCCUCGAUCUGUGGGCCAUAAACAUCAAUAGCAGCAUGGCACUGUC